GGGCGCGGCGGCGGCGGCGGCGGCGGUGCGGACGGCGGGCGAGCGGGGGAAGAUGGCGGAGCUGGGCAAGAAGUACUGCGUGUACUGCCUGGCCGAGGUGAGCCCGCUGCGCUUCCGCUGCACCGAGUGCCAGGACAUCGAGCUGUGCCCCGAGUGCUUCUCGGCCGGCGCCGAGAUCGGUCACCACAGACGCUACCAUGGCUACCAGCUGGUGGACGGCGGGCGUUUCACGCUCUGGGGACCUGAGGCCGAGGGCGGCUGGACCAGCCGCGAGGAGCAGCUGCUACUGGACGCCAUCGAGCAGUUUGGCUUCGGGAAUUGGGAGGACAUGGCUGCACAUGUGGGUGCCUCGCGGACGCCCCAGGAGGUGAUGGAGCACUACGUGAGCAUGUACAUCCAUGGGAACCUAGGCAAGGCCUGCAUCCCCGACACCAUCCCCAACCGCGUCACUGACCACACGUGCCCCAGCGGCGGCCCCCUCUCGCCCAGCCUCACCACGCCGCUGCCCCCCCUUGACAUUUCGGUGGCUGAGCAGCAGCAGCUGGGCUACAUGCCCCUGCGGGAUGACUACGAGAUUGAGUAUGACCAGGAUGCGGAGACACUCAUCAGCGGCCUCUCCGUGAACUACGAUGAUGAUGAUGUGGAGAUCGAGCUGAAGCGUGCGCACGUGGACAUGUACGUGCGCAAGCUCAAGGAGCGGCAGCGGCGUAAGAACAUUGCACGCGACUACAACCUGGUGCCCGCCUUCCUGGGCAAGGACAAGAAGGAGAAGGAGAAGGCGCUGAAGCGCAAGAUCACCAAGGAGGAGAAGGAGCUGCGGCUGAAGCUCAGGCCGCUGUACCAGUUCAUGUCGUGCAAGGAGUUCGACGACCUGUUCGAGAACAUGCACAAGGAGAAGAUGCUGCGUGCCAAGAUCCGCGAACUGCAGCGCUACCGGCGCAACGGCAUUACCAAGAUGGAGGAGUCGGCUGAGUACGAGGCGGCGCGACACAAGCGCGAGCGACGCAAGGAGAACAAGAGCCUGGCUGGCUCGAGGAGGGGCAAGGAGGACGGCAAGGACGGCGAGUUUGCGGCCAUUGAGCACCUGCCCGGCUUCGAGCUCCUGUCAGACCGCGAGAAGGUGCUGUGCAGCUCGCUGAACCUGAGCCCGGCGCGCUACGUGACCGUGAAGACCAUCAUCAUCAAGGACCACCUGCAGAAGCGGCAGGGCAUCCCCUCCAAAAGCCGCCUGCCCAGCUACCUGGACAAAGUCCUGAAGAAGCGAAUCCUCACGUUCCUUACCGAGAGCGGGUGGAUAUCGCGGGACGCAUCCUGAGGUGGCCAGACAGCUGGGAGCUGGUGGCUUGGGGAGGGGGUGCUCCCCAGUGUUGCUCUUUUUAAAGAAAUCGAGUUCCUUUUUAAGGUGUAAAGUCUUCUCGUGGUCCUCGGCCAGCAGCACUAGCGGCGGGCUUACAGUGGAUCUCAGGAGACGGAUGCCUGGCAGCUCCCUCUGGAGAAUGUGACAAGGCUGGACGGUGUCCUUGUGUCCCGUGAGCCUUCUUUCUUUUGGUGCAAAAGCUAUUGCUGAGGGUGCCAGGAGUGAUGUGCCCUUGCCAGGCCACCAGGCCAUUGGCUUUUCCUUGGUGGCACAAGCUCUUCUCAGGUGGGGCUGCUAGCGCCCUUUUCUGAGCCCACUGCUGCCCCGGGCACAUGGCACUUUACAGAGAGGCAGGCUGGGCAGGGCCCUCUGCACGCAGCAGGCUUAGCUGCCACGACUCUAUAGACACCUGGGAAGCCCUUGUUUGCACACAAAUGACACUGCACUCUGGGCGGCCCCCAGGCCCUCCCGUGGGGCCCAGGCUGCCUCCCUUGGAACAUCUCGGUCACCACCAGCAGGAGGGUGGGGGCCACUGGCUUCCUGGGUGCCUGCUGCUGAUGUCCCUGUAGUGCAUUCUACCUGGAAGUCCCCGUGUGAGGGCACACGGCCGAGUCCUGUGUUAGCAUCCUCAGGGUUUCCGUCACAGCUAUAAGUACCCUUUCCACUGAAAAAGUGUGACUGUGCUAGCCAGGCUAAGUGAAUUAUUUAGGGUGUGGCCGGGCCCGCUGUGUACAGUGCGCACAGUUGCUGGUGAGGGCAGAGCACCCUGCUGAGUCUCGGUGCGCAUGUGCUGCUGCUGGCUCCACGUGGCAUCAGAAACGAGCUUGAUGCCAGGGCUCUCAGGACCUGCCUGGUACCUUUCUACUAAACCUGCAGAAGUCGCUCGUUUGCCUGCAGCUCAGGGUUCUGCUAGGGCUGGGCUCCAGGGACCCUGGAGUGACCAAACCCUGUCCUUCCCUUCCAUGCUUGGCCUGCUCAGCCUCCUUAGGUACAAGAGCCUGUUCUCCUCCAGAACAUGUGGGCUUGAAGUUUCAAAAGUUGCAUUAAACUGAAGUGAAAGAAAAUGAAAAACA